AUGGGCGCUAAUCAUAUUGGAGAAAUAGCGGGUUAUUGUAAGUAUGCAUUACCAACCCACGGCCUCAUCACUAACUGUGGUAAAGCUCAUUUGGAAGGUUUCGGCAGCGUAGAAGGAGUAAGAAAAGGGAAAGGCGAACUCUACGAUCACCUGCGAACGCUGACGCAUGGCACCGCGUUCGUCAUGUGGGAUUAUGAUUACUUGCAGGAAAUGAGUAAAGGUAUCAGUGGUAUUAUCAAGUACGGAACGAUAAGCGAUGCACAUGUGAAAGGAAGAGUGAUAAAAAGCGAACCGUGGCUGGAAGUCGAGAUCACGCAGGGGUUGGAUAAUGGCAUCAUCAAAACGCAAUUGGUAGGAGAAUACAACCUGCCUAAUGUACUCGCGGCGGUGACUAUUGGUAUCACCUUUAAAAUUCCAGGCGAAAAGAUCGUAGCUGCUAUUGAAAAUUAUACUCCUUCCAAUAGCCGAUCGCAACUGGUCACUCAUGGCUCUAAUAAGAUCAUCCUGGAUGCGUACAAUGCCAACCCAAGUAGUAUGAAACUGGCGAUAGAGAACUUUGCGAAACUUCAUGCGGACAAUAAAGUCAUGAUGCUCGGUGCGAUGGCAGAAAUGGGCGCGGAUAGUAUUGCGGAACAUGAAGCGAUCAUCAGGCUGAUUGGUGAAUAUAAAUGGAACAAUGUGGUGUUGGUCGGCGGUGAUUUUUUAAACGUAUCUCAUCCUUAUAUUAAAUUCAAAAACGCCACCGAGGCAAAGGAUUGGUGGCGGGCACAGGGUUUUGAAAACACCCACGUACUGAUAAAAGGAAGCCGUAGUAUGCAAAUGGAAAAGAUACUUGAAUAG